AUGUCCGGGCUACUUUGGUCCCUCGUAGGCAAGAGAGUGCUUGCCGAAUCUGCUAGAAAUCAUUUUGGAACCGAGGACCCGUAUUUCGAAGAAGUCCCAGCCUCACGUCUGGGUCAAGCUCUGGGCAAAAAGACGCAAAGGCGUCGCAAAGCGAUUCCGCCUGGAUUAACAGAGAAGGAUGGCAAGAUCCUCACUCAGGUUAAGCGCAGAGCGUACCGACUCGAUUAUGCCUUAUUUAAUUUGUGCGGGAUCAGAUUUGGGUGGGGAAGUGUGAUCGGCCUUGUUCCAUUUGCCGGAGACGCCGCAGACGCCGCACUUGCCAUGAUGGUGGUGAAGAAAUGCGAAGAGAUCGAAGGUGGACUUCCGCCGCGUCUGCGGAUGAUGAUGAUGAUAAAUGUAAUCAUUGACUUUAUCAUUGGCUUGGUUCCCUUUGUCGGCGAUGUGGCAGAUGCCGUGUACAAAUGCAACACUCGGAAUGCCGUCAUUCUGGAAAAACAUCUUCGCGAAAAGGGCGCGAAAACACUCAAGUCCCAGAUACCACGCGACGGUGCUGCAGCCGCUGAUGGCAGGCCAGAAGCACGAGUUGUUGAUCACAGUCUUCCUGAUGAGUGGGAUAGGCAGGAAACCGGCGUGGUCGAUGACUUGCCGCCUCAGUACAGCGAACAGACCAUUUCAGGCACGCAGGGGGCAACAAAUGCUCAGCAACCCCCUGCGAGGCCUGCACGGGUUAAAAAAGCCCGCAACGAACGUCGUUCGAAGAAGUGGUUUGGUGGUUCGCGCCAACCGGAUGAUGAUUUGGAGCGAGGAAGAUAG